AUGGAGGUAUGGUCUGGUAAACCUUGGACUGAUUACAAGUAUUUACACAUAUUUGGUUAUCUUGCUUAUUAUCAUGUCAGGGAAAGCAAGUUGGAUCCAAGAGCAAAGAAAACUCUAUUUAUGGGAUUUAGCACUGGCGUGAAGGGGAUACCGACUCUGGCUGCUAUGGUAAAUCAAAACAAGCAUGAAGGUGAAACUGAAGCGACCAAGACCAUGAGUAGUUCAAAGCAGAUGGAGUUACUAAAGACUCCAGUUGUUCCAGUAAGGCCUGAUGUUACAUACACUAGUCCUACAGUUGAUUUUAAUGAUGACGACAAGGAUCAUGAAGACGAGGCAUCCACCCAAGAGCCUCUAUAG